AUGGACGUCUUGUCAGAUAUGGCGUCGUUGCGCCUCGACAGUCCCGCCAGGCUGGACACUGUGCCCAUCGGCGUUUUGCGCAGCAUCUUCCAAUAUCUCAACACAGCCCAGAGCCUGGGGCGGCUAGCAAGGACAUCAAAAGGCCUCAAAGACAUUGUUGAGCACCACGGCUGGAACGUCUUUGUGCGAAGCCAUUAUGGGUACCUCGACUUACCCCCUGGCAAUUGGAAGGCGGUUGCCAAGCGCCUGACCUGGCAGACGCGAGCGUGGGAGCGAAGAGCUCUGUUGCUUUCGUCGCUAGUUUCAUCAAGAAAACUGGCAGCGCGCAGUAAUGGCGGCCAAGGGUCGCGUGGCGGGCGCCGUGCUCGUCCUGCCCAGACUUUUCCACCGAGCCUUUUUGUGGAUGCUGCUUCCCACAUGAAAGGAAAGAAUGAGGAGGAGCUGGUCGCGUGGGGUAUCGGAGAAGAUGUGGUCGUGAGAUGGCGGGAGCUACGCUUCUCAGCACCAAAGAAAGAAAGUUGGACUAAUGUUGUUGGGUUGCUUUCAGGAUUCAAGGCUGGCCAGGACGACGUCUCGGCGCUGGCUCUCGUCAAGAAUGCCGACGUUGGCAAGACUCUGACGAUGCUCGUGGGCAGAGCUAGCGGAUACUUGCAAUUGCUAUCAACACAUCACACAGAUAUGGGAAGAACGAUUGCUUGGCUACAGCCAAAGGCUACCGACAAAGAAGAAUCUGGAGGCCAGAACGACAUUCAGCAUAUCAAUGUCAACGGGCUAGGGUUAUCUGCUGUGGCUGCUACCAAGGACAGCGUACUUUUUUACCCACUGCCCGAGCAAUGGUCUGACCCAGAAAAGUUGGAUUUGAAUGAGAAUGGAAAUUCGGCUGAAUACGUCAUUCAGCCUACUGAGAGAUAUGACAUGAAAGAUGUCCAAGGACCCUCGAGCUUUCGACAGAUUCGUCAAGUUCGUCACAUGCCUAACGGAGAUGUUGCUCUUGCGCUAAGCGGCACUGCGGAGCCUCUGCGUUUUCUCUCCAGGACACCUACCGGUGCAGUGAUCACUAAUGCGGCGAAAAUGCAAGCGUCGUCACGGUGCGUCGACUCGUACCUCUGCACCGAUAGACAAUUGCAGACAUCGCGGUGCGUGUUACCUCUCGACGCGGCUUCUAUACCCGGCGGCUCUCCAUAUACGGUUCUCAGCUCGUACGAUGACGGUACCAUUAGACUACAAGACAUGCGCACGCCGUCUGCAAUCGACACCAUCUACCAAGACCACUUUGAGCUCACCACACCCAAUGGUCCACUAAUGGCAGAUGGCAUGCAGCGAUUCAUCGCAGGAAGUGCCCGUAAGUCGGUGAUUAAGAUUUUCGAUUUUCGAUGGCCCAGGAGCUACUAUUAUACCGAUGCAGUGCCUUGCAGCAAUUCUCCGCUCGGCCCGGCUCCCAAACCUCUGACAUGGACCCCCCCGCCGUUGAGUACACCGCGAGAGCGAUGCUGCUACAUGUCUGGCAAGGAGUGUGCUCGCCACAUGCUGGCCAAGACGGACUUUUACAGGCCGAACUGCAACAUCUACCUGCCCAAUGUUUACCAGGAUGCAUCUCCUGUGUAUUCCUUGGCCAGAGCGUCGUCAAGCUCGCCUAGCAUCUACGCGGGCCUGUCCGGCGAACUUGUCACUAUGAGCCUGCGCGAUCAGGUUGCAGCCGAGAAGGAAACGCUUUUCAUGCAGAAGCGAAAUAGAAAAUCUAUGGCUGGAUAUUCAUAUCAUGAAUCCCUAACUAGCCUAGUCGAGACCGGAGAUGGCAUUGCCUUGAAGGAUAUCAGCGAGAGUCAACGAGUACCUGCUGUCCGCAAGCACGGGCGGGACCCGGCUCAAGUGGCAUCGCAAGACUUUGGCCGCUUAGACGAGUGGCUCAUGUAA